AGACGCAUUUUCGCACAUGCGCGGUAAAAAUCUUGGUUUCGGUUCGGAUCAAGUAGUGACGCAGUUCUCAAAAACAAGAAAAACGUUAAAAUGGAGCUACCUAUCGUAGAUUUCAGUGUUUAUGGACUUGUAAAUACACAUGUAUCAGACGACAAAUUAGAAAAGCUUGGGAAAGAACUGAGAGCGGCAUUUACCGAUGUGGGAUUUGUUUACCUAAAAAACACAGGCAUAGAUCAAGAGGAGGUGGACAAAGUCAUGAGUGUUUCCAAAAAGUUCUUCAGUUUGCCUGAAAACGUGAAGGUACCGUUCAGCAGGGGCAAUUUCUCCUGUGAUGUGAAUCACGGCUGGGUUUCACUAGAAACUGAAAGCCUGAAUCCUCGGCGUCCCGGUGAUUUGAAGGAGGCCUUUAAUAUAACAUCGCUGAGGGAAGAUAUUAAUUGGCCCUCUGAAGGAGUUGAGGAUUUUCGAGAAGUCCAUACGGCGUUUUAUCUGCGCUGUAAGGAUCUUUCUCUCAGGGUCUUGAGAGUGAUGGCUCUUGGAUUAGGUCUGGAUGCAGAUGUCUUCCUCAAAGCCCAUAAGCAAAUUGAAUCUGAUGUGAAUCCAACCACUUUGCGGACUUUGUACUACCCUCCAGUGAAGAGCGAAUGUGUGAAACAAGAUCAGGUGCGCUGUGGUGAACACUCGGACUAUGGCAGUAUCACUCUUGUCUUUCAAAGUCUAGAGGGUGGACUGCAGGUUCUCAGUCGGACUAAAAAGUACAUUUCAGCCCCUCCCAUUCCUGGAACAAUUUUAAUUAACAUAGCAGAUCUGAUGCAAAGAUGGACCAGCGACGUUUUUGUGUCCUCUGUCCACAGGGUGUUGCUGCCCCCUGAGGGCAACUCCAAUACACGUCAGUCUAUGACAUUCUUUGUUCACCCUGAUAAUGAUGCCAUUAUUACUUGCUGUGAUGGGUCGGACAAAUAUCCUCCUAUUAAUUCACUUGAUUACCUUUUGUCAAGAUUCAAGGAGUCGUAUGGGAAAAAGGUUGUCGUGUGAUAUGUUUAAAUUGGUUCUUUUUUUAAAUCAUUUAUCUAUUUCCCUGCCAGCGUUUUUUUUUUAAAGUUGCCAGCCAGUGGCAGCAUUUUUUAGAGCCUUCCAGAAAAUGUUCUUCUGUAACUCUUUUGCCGCCAUUGACGAGAUAAUUUGUCAAUUAAGAGAAAACGCUUCCCUGCCAAUGACGAGAAUUUCCGGCUUUCCGCAUUACCAUUAUUAUCCACCAGGUGGCGAUCUUUUAUGUUUUAUAGAUCGAUCUGCAUCUGAUCUCUAUCAAAAGUCCUUCACAAAAUUUGAGAGGUGAUAAAAAGAGAUCUAAUGAAGGUAGGAUUAAAGUUAUUUUUUUGAAAGCAGAGGGUCUAAUCUUUCAUUUGAGAUAUUAUUUGUUUAUAUAUUUAAAGAAGAACAUUUUCUGGAAGGCAUGGAACUUUUGUGAAAAUCAUGAAAAAUGCUGGCGCUGGCUGGCAACUUUUUAAAAAAAAUGCUGGCGGGGAAAGAGUUAAAUAUAUAAAAAUACAAUAUAUAAAAUGAUCAUACAAAAUCGCAUACAAAAUAAGUUUGUUUUUGCAAAAUAUAUGUGUGUGCACUAUGUGUAAUUGUUUUGUGUGUGUGUGUGUGUGUGUGUGCGUGUGCGUGUAUAUAUAUAUAUAUAUAUAUAUAUUAGGGGUGUAACGGUACACAAAAAUCAUGGUUUGGUGCGUACCUCGGUUUUGAAGGCAUGGUUCGGUUCAUUUUCAGAACAGUAAAUAUUUGGGGUAACUAGUACUUUUAGAGUAAAUUUAAGGAUGGGUACUUUUUACUUUUACUCAAGUACAUUUCUAGUGAAAAAACUGUACUUUUACUUCCCUACAUUUAAUGAAUAUAUAUAUUUUUUUAAACUUUAUAGGGCAUGUUCGAAAGUUACCCUUUAGCGCGCGACCGUGUGGUCACCCUUUAGCGCGCGCGACCGCGACCGCGUGUAGAUGAUAAGAGAAGCAGAUGAGGGCGUGUGUGCGUUGUGCGAGAUAUCGGAGGCAGAUCAUGCGUGGCUUCCAUAGGUGGCUUCAAGUUCGGUCUAUGUUUUCUCUCCAAGAGGUCAAAAAGAAUAGUUUCAUAAUGUGAUGCAUGCUUUCAAUAAACAAGCUGAUUUCUCAGGGUAUAGGAAUUCAAGAUCCAACCUGAAGUGGUAAGUCUCAGUAAUGUCUAUUUGAACACUAUUAUUUGACACACUGUCCAAGUUUUUUUGCCAUACACUCUUGUGCGAGCGAUGACAAAACCUAGUGUAAGUUAAACCAAACAAACAUCACGUUCACAUCUGCACAUUUCCAUAUCAUUUCCCCACAACUAAACAAACUAAACAGCAUAAUGUAAGGACGUCUUGCAUUUAUACACAAAUCCGGACACCUCACUAAUGUGUAAAAAAUACAUUCAAAUAAAAACGGGAUUGUAUUUUAUUUAAAGGAAUAGUCUAUCCAUUUUCCAUAUUAAACUAUGUUUAUUACCUUAACUAAGAAGAGUUAAUACAUACCUCUAUCAUCUUAGUGCGUGCACGUAAGUGCUGGGGCGCACUGUGACACUUUGAUAGCAUUUAGCUUAGCCCCAUUCAUUCAAUGGUACCAAACAGAGAUAAAGUUAGAAGUGACCAAACACAUCAACGUUUUUCCUAUUUAAGACGAGUAGUUAUACGAGCAAGUUUGGUGGUACAAAAUAAAACGUAGCGCUUUUCUAAGUGGAUUUAAAAGAGGAACUAUAUUGUAUGGCGGAAUAGCACUUUUGGGAUUACUUCGACUCGCUUGAAAAACCCGCUCCCCUUCUCCCUCUCAUAAUGGGAGAGGGAGGGUGUUACUGUGCCGAGAAUUCUAAAAUGAUCAUUUUUAUUAAGCUCCUGUUUAUGUUCAGUAAUUGCACUUUAAUGGCAAUGAAAAUAACCUAUUCAUAUAAAAACAUGAUAACAAACAGACACACACAUUCUCUUUUGUUUACUGUUUGCAUGUUAAAAGGCCGACGCUGACAAGUUUGUGUUGUGAACAUGAAAAUAAAUACAGAGUUAACCGUCAGGAAACAUCUGUGUGUGUGUUUGAGAUUUUUUCUCAAGUGACACAUUAUGUGAUGUUAAUGUACCCAUUCCAGGACUGGGAUAGGCUGCUUUACUUGUAUAUAAGCAGAACAAUGAGACUUUUAAGGAGAGGUUUGUGAAAACCCUCCAAGUAGUCUGAAAUUCAGUGCUUUUGCGCUACUUCUCUAUCAGAUCGGAAGUAACGAGUAACUAACUACUUGAGUAGUUUUUUCAUCUGAUACUUUUUUACUUUUACUCAAGUAAAUAAUUAGAUUUGAUACUUUUACUUUUACUGGAUUACAUUUUUGUAUUAGUACUUGUACUUUUACUUGAGUACAGAUUUUGGGUACUCUACCCACCUCUGAUUUUACACUGCAGGUUGUUUAUUACUAUAAACUUUUUUAACAAUUUGUUUACACUUUUUUAAACACUUGUUAUUAAAAUAUAAUAUAUAAAAUAAAAAAGAAUAAAUAAAAUACUGCUGCAAAGUUCUCCACUAAAUAACAAACUUUUUUACAUUAUUUUAUAACAGUAGGCAACUCUUUUCUUAACCUUCUCUUAAACUUUUUCUACUAAAACCUUGCACUAAACUAACAAAUUCAAUUCCUGAAUAAAUUUAUGAACUAUUGGCCUACAUUUUUGCCACAAAAAAUGUUUCUGUUUGAUUUAGUGGAGUCACAGUAUUGAAUUGGUUAUAUACCAUCUCUGUAUAAAAAUAAUGAUAUACUUAUUAUACACUCAUAUUGAGACGAGUGAGUUGCAUACAUAGCCAUCUUUUAUCUUUUGCACGUUUCUCCUAAUCUUUGCUUGUGUUGCCAAUGUAAGCUUAAACUAACGAACCCCUCCGCAGCUGAGUAAGCCCGGGUCACAGCUCUUCUCUGUCCCGACCAGAUAAACUGAUGAUCGCAUUGUGGCAAUGAUAUGAUUGAUGUGAGGUGCAGAUGAAAAAUCUUAUCACGCAUUCCGUUUUUCUCGCGGUCACAGAAAGCGCGUCUCAUGAUUGCGUAGCAAUGAAAGACACGCAACCUCUCACGCACUUUUGAAAGAACAAAACAGCGCGUUGACAGACGUUUAACACGCGCUUCUAGACGUGACACUUAAGCAGCCUCGUAAACGUUUAGAUCAAUAAUCAAACGAAUAUACAACUAAGUAAAUAAAAAUCUUUAUUAUGUCAUAUGUUUGACAGAAGACUUGCGCUGAACGCGGAGACUUCCGCCACUUAAUAUAUUUGUGUGGAAACGCACACAACAUAUUAUGUUCCACCUAUGUUCCGCACACAAAAGAUUGCAUUCGGUGCACCGUGCCGAAAGCCGUGUACCGAAAUGGUCCGGUACGAAUACACGUACCGUUACACCCCUAAUUAAUAUAUGGGUAACACUUUACAAUAACAGUACAUGAAACAGUACAUGAAUAAUCAUGUACUAAUACAUAAAUUAAUAAUCAGUUUAAUAUGAACUAAUGAUGAGUUAAGCUAUUUACUAAUCAAUAACUAACCGCAACUAUGUUAUGAGUCAUAUGAAUUCAUGCAUGAAUUACACCCACCUUAACUACACAUUAAUACAUGUUUGUUAGUUAAUGCAUUAAUUAACACUUUGCGUACCCCAUAUCAAAACAAGCUCUCUAGAAGAACGAAAAUAACUUUUGUUAAUGCAAAAUGUUUAGGUUUGUAAUGCAAAACUGUUUAUACAUUUGCUCCUGCAGCUGAGCUAAAAACAUAUUGAAUGGCACUGGAUUUCUUGCAACAUUUACAGUUACCCUUAAUCAUUAAAUUUGCAAUUAUGGAUUAAUAAUUAAAAAUAGUUCCACUGCUGCCAUUAAGAGUGACCGACACUAUUCUUUCUAAAUUUAAAUCUGUGUUAGCCUACAGACGAUGGUUAUUGUGUGAACUGGCUCGUCUUAUUAUCAAAAUGCACAUACAGUAUCUGUCUUGUUCUUCUUUUAAGCCAUUAUUACCCCUUCCAAAUGUCUGACCAAUUUUCACAUUUGCUCCUCUCCUUUAAAACCACCAAAAAUUAGGAUUUUGAUGAGCUGAAUUUGUAUAGAAUGUGUAAUUGAUAACUUUUUAACAGUGUACCCCUCCAAGAAAAUUGUACACAAUACAAUAAUACAUUAAGGGCCUACACAAUAAUACAUUAACAAGUCAUUAAUUUAUGUUAGUUUAUGAGUAGUUAAUAAUGAUGUGCCCCCUCAAGUAAAGUCAUGACCUAAUCAUACCAUAACAAAUCAUGAAUUUAUGUUAGUUUAUGAGUAGUUAACGAUGAGUUAAUAAUGAUGUGCCCCUUCAAGUAAAGUCAUGACCUAAUCAUACAUUAACAAAUCAUGAAUUUUUGUUAGUUUAUGAGUAGUUAACGAUGAGUUAGUAAUGAUGUGCCCCCUAAAGUAAAGUCAUGACCUAAUCAUACAUUAAUAAAUCAUGAAUUUAUGUUAGUUUAUGAGUAGUUAACGGUGAGUUAGUAAUGAUGUGCCCCCUUAGUAAAGUCAUGACCUUAUCAUACAUUAACAAAUAAAAAUAUAAGUUACCCAGUGGCGGAGGCAGAAAGUGUUUUUGAUGGGUGGGCAUCUAUACAUCUGCGGGCCAGAAAAAUUCACAUAAUUUUUUUAACUUGCGUUAAUUGGGAAGAUAAAAUGACUGUGUUUUUUCCGUCAGUUUUGUACAUUUUAAGAUGGAAUUACGUUAUUCAAUCUACCUGUAUUACAAUCGGCCGUCUCUCAAACAGAAGGCUGCAUCCUCCGGAGGUCGGAUAUGCAGGCUGCAUACGUCAUUUAAGCUUGGUUUAUUUCAAUUAAAUAAGCAUAACAUUCGUAAGUCAUAAGCAUAUAUUUUUUAUAUGCUUUAUUAACAACAACAGAUAGCAUGUACAGUGCAGAGUCAUAAGCAUAUUACAACGAUUUACGAUGAACUAUUUAAGCAUUGAGCAUUUAUUUAGCUAAACGCCCGUGGCUUACCUAAGCACUGGUUCUGAAACAUAGAGGACCCAGAAGCAAAAAAUUAAACACUGCUUUAUUGAAAAUCAACUUAAACAGUCCAGUCGGGCCGUCGAGUCCCGAGCCACCAAGAGCGAGUUAACUUUCUUUACCGCAGUGAUCCACACGUUCACACCAUAGACAGUAAAAGAAAUGGACACACCGUUACACCGUUUUUAUUUAGAAGUCUUUUCUUUACUGCAGUGAUCCACACGUUCACACCAUAGACAGUAAAAGAAAUGGACACAGCGACCCCGUUGGAUUCAACGGAGACAAGUGAAGCCAAUUAGAAGCUCACACUUCCGGGGGGUCGAGCGUACUGCGCAGACUCAAACUGAGCUUAGUGACGUGAGCAACCUGUGUGACAAUUGUAAGUCUUCUAAUAGUUGUGCCAAGAGAAAUCUGAAUCACCCACCGAAUCUUGCAGAAACGGCGAGCGUGAACAGGAGUACAUUUUGUAUUAAGUAUAUUUAGUAUUGUGAUUAAUUACUUUGUCAUUUUGCAUAGUAUUUAUUUAUUUUAAAGUUUAAAGCCAGUACGCCAUAUUCUACAUGCGCUUCUCCUCCUGUCCAUACGGUAAUUUCUCUACUGUGCGACAGAGAGUCGCGUGGCUAUGACGCAAUCGUUAGCAUAGUUUUACAAAAACUGCUUCUACUGGGCCAUAACGUAAGAUACAAGGUAAUGGACCCUUUUAUACAUUUUCGUGUUUCUUUAGAAAUAAUUGAUGCACAAAUUGAGUCUUUAAACGCCUCAGAUGUAAAGUUAUUCACUGUCAAAGUGACGCCAAAAUGAAUGGGAGUCAAUGGAAUGCUAAGAGCAGGUGGGGGUCCGCUAGCUAAUGGCGGUGCCCAGGGCUGCUUCAAUAAAAUAUGAAACCCUGCCCCCCUGGUUCACAUGAAUCUGCUACUCAGUGCAAUCUAACCUACCGCGCUCUCUUCAAACCCGCCUCUUCCGCUCUAGAUGACAGCAGCGAUUGGUGGACGGAAAGCAAGACAUUACUGUAAUAAACCAUAUGUUGCUAAAAAGCGCAAUUUGUUUUCUUUAGGAGCAAUUCAAAUUUUUUGAUAGAUCAAAUGGUUGAAGAAUUACGGUUUGAAUGAAAAAACAAAAUGUAUUUCCAUGAAUCUGAUUGGGUGGGCAAGCUGUCAAUCCACCCGUAGAUCCGCCACUGGCUGAAUGCUGAUCCUGAUUCAAUGCGAAAAAUGUAUUAAACAAUAAUUAAAAUAACAUCAAGAUAACAUUUUAAAAGCUUUCACAAAUAAACUGGUAUGACUGACGGUUUGAUGGUCUUUAUAUGAACACUAUACAUUUGGCAUUGUGACUUUGGUUUACAUGUUUGUCAUUUCUGAGGAAUAGUCAGAAUGAUUUUAACUGAAAUAUUUUGACAGCGCCAAAAGCAGCAGACCACAAGUGCAACGAGCGGACAGCCUGUUGUAGGCUGUAACGUUUACAUCCACCUUCCUUUUGAUUUUGCAAUCUACAUUGACAAGCACACAAAAAUAGAGAACAGUUAUCUUACAUAAUAAAAUACUUAAACUACCUGCUAUCUUGGUAUUGUGAGCACAUGAAUUAGAAAAAUUAUCUUUUGUUUCUAAAAUUAUAAGUGGAACAUUUUAUGCAUCUUUAUUUGAUCUCAAACAAAGCAUAAGAUCCUGCGAACCGUUGGGAACCACUGUUCUAGAGCAUGUUUGAUUUCGGUUACCCAAAGUGUUAAUUAAUGCAUUAACUAACAAACAUGUAUUAAUGUGUGGUUAAGGUGGCUGUAAUUCAUGCAUGAAUUCAUAUGACUUAUUACAUAGUUCUGGUUAGUUAUUGAUUAGUACAUGGCUUAACUUAUCAUUACUUCAUAUUAAAGUAAUUAUUAAUUUAUGUAUUAGUACAUGAUUAUUCAUGUACUGUUAUUGUAGUGUUACCAGUGAAAUGAAAAAUUGUCCUAAUGAAGUAUGUAUCACGCUAUUUUACUAUGGACUGAAUUCCAAGGCAUGAAGGCAUCAAGGCAUAUCCGAAUCCAAUGUUAUUUUUACUUCCUGACUCCUGAUAUCUUGUCCCACAAUUCUAUGAGUGUGUGCGCAGUGAAGGAUCCUACCUUAGAUCCUCACGUGCAGAAUGUUUUAAUUAUUGUGUUUUUUUAUCUUUAAUCAUUUAUUUACAUAAUCAUCAUAAUCAUUUUAUAAUCAUUAGUUAUUAUCCAUUUAAUUAUUGUAUUUGAUUACUUAAUAUUGUUUUAUCAUUAUCAAUUUCAUUAUUAUCAUUUUUAUUAUUACAUUUAUUCAUGUAUUCAUUAUUCAUUCAUUAUUAUAUUUCUAUAUUUUAUUAUAUCAUUAAUUAAUUCAUUGUAUUUCUAUAUUUUAUAUGUCUCUGGGUGGUUCAGUUUCACAUUUGGGAAGUUUCAUAGAACUGUUCUGUCUGUGUGUAAACAAGAUGGAUAAAGAGAAUGUUUAUGGAAGCCCAAGGUCUUAGGGAUGAUGCAGCUGAGCAAUUUUGGAUAUAACCGUGCAUGCUGUAUUCCUGGGGUAGACGAGGUUUGAACAUUGAGGCAUAUGCAACUGAAACUUAACUGUCCAUCAAUAAAACUCUGUUCUAUUUUUAUCAUCUAAACCUCCAUCUCACGACUCUGUUUAUGCUCUCCAGCAACGAUUGAUCAGCCUUGUAUCUGACAGUUACUUUAACAAAGUAAACUUAUAUUUUCUGAUGUGAUCUGUUGUCCGGGGCUGGAUCGUUCUUUUUUUAUUUUGUCUGUCGUGUGAAGUCCAGAUCCAACAGCAGUCAAAGGCUUUAUAAAAAUCAAGGAAGAGAAUAAAACCAUCGUAAUCAAUUAGAUCAAUGUAAUCUAAUAAAUCCCUAACCAGUCUGAUGUUAUUAUGAAUGACUCUUCCUUUUAUAAAGCCUGACUGUGUGUCACUUAUUAUGUCUGCAAUCCCUUUUUUAAGUCUAGCAGCAAUGGAUCCUGAAAAUAAUUUAUAAUCUUUGUUUAAUAUUGGUCUUAAAUUGUCUAAUUUUUGUUUUUCUUUCCCUGGCUUUGGAAUCAGGGUAAUUACACCCUGUUUCAUGCUAGUCAUCAAUUCUUUCUUAAUAAUACAAUCUUUUAGCGCUUCAAAUAAUAUGUUUCUUAAAUCUUCCCAAAAAUAUUUAUAAAAGUUAACUGUGAGGCUAUCUGAUUUAUUUAAAUCCAUUUUCUUAAGGACUGCGUCUAGUUCAUCAAUCCUAAAUUCCAGCGUCACAUAUCUUUUUAAAUGAUAAAUCAAUCUGGGGGAUUAGUGGACAGAUGUUUUGAAAGAGAUUAUUACAGUCUACUUUCGAAAACUGAGAGGAAUAAAACAUGUAGACUUCAUUUUCUAUGACAUUGGAAUCAUUCUUUUCUUCCCCAUUGAAGGAUCCUACCUUAGAUCCUCACAUGCACAAUGUUUUUAUUAUUGUGUUUUUUAUCUUUAAUCAUGUAUUUACAUAAUCAUCAUAAUAAUUUUAUAUUCAUUAGUUAUUAUCCAUUUAAUUAUUGUAUUUGAUUACUUAAUAUUGUUUUAUCAUUAUCAAUUUCAUUAUUAUCAUUUUUAUUAUUACAUUUAUUCAUUCAUUCAUUUAUUGUAUUUUUAAAUCAUAUGUUCUUAUUAAUUAUUUCAUGGUGGUUCAGUCUCACAUUUGUGGAGUUUCAUAGAGCUAUUAUGUCUGUGUGUAAACAAAGAUAGAUAAAGAGAAUGUUUAUGGAAGCCCAAGGUCUAAAGAUUACAGCUAAGCAAUUUUGAUAUAACAGUGCAUGCCGAAUUCCUGUGUGGGGAGACGAGGUUUGAACAUUGAGGCAUAUGCAAUUGAAACUUAACUGUCCAUCAAUAA